AUGUAUACUCCAUUCCUCCUUCUCAUCAUCCUCGUUAUCUUUACCACCUUCUCUUACUCCUCGUACGCCGCGGAUUUCUGCGUGGCAGAUCUAACCGCUCAACGAACGCCUUACGGUUACCCAUGCAAAAACUCGUCCAGUGUCACCUCAACCGACUUCGUUUUCUCCCGUUUUGUCACCCAGGGAAACACCACCAACCCCAACAAGCUGUCCUUGGUCCGAGCCUUCGUCGACGACUUCCCGGCCCUCAACGGGCUGAACCUGGCCGCGGUGCGGGUGGACAUGGAGCCGGACGGCGUCGUCCCUCUCCACAGCCACCCGUCCUCGUCGGAGAUGGUGUUCGUCGUGGAAGGGAGCGUCACCGUGGGGUUCAUCUCCGGCCUGGACUCCAACAUCAUGUACGCCAACAAGCUGAGCAAAGGGCAGGUGAUGGUUAUUCCACAAGGGUUUCUUCAUUUCCAGCACAACAGCGGGAGUUCGAACGCCGUUCUCUUCGUCUCUUUUGCGAGCUCGGAUCCUGGUGUGCAGUUUGUUACAAGUGCGUUGUUUAGGAACCGUUUCCCGUCUUUCCUCGUGGAGAAGACUACUGGGAUUAGUCAGGCGGAAGUGCGGCAGCUCAAAGCUCGUCUUGGUGGCACUGGAUGA